AGUUUGUCACCACCCAGGCUCCCUUGCCUUUGGCUGGGUGCAACUUCCAUUUUAGGUGUUGGAUCUGAGGGGGGAAAAAAAGAGAGAGAGGGAGAGAGAGAGUGAGAGUGAGAGAGAGAGAGAGAGAGAGAGAGAGAGAGAGAGAAGCAGAAAAGAUCCUGAAAGGAGGAAGAGGUGGUGAAGAUCAGCUGCUUUGCUGGAUUUGUCUUUCUCAGCACAUUGGCGAAGCCUUGGGUUUCUUUCUCAAAGGACUGGUUUUUAGAAGUCCACAUUUGAGCUCUCUCCUUCCUGCUUCCUCCUUGCUGUGGUGGCUGGGAUGCUUCUUCCAUGAUUUUUUUGAAUCUAGACUGGGCUGUUCUCUGUGUUAAAACAAUCAAUUACGACCCUUCUCUUAACAGUGUGAAGUGAGGGGGGCCUUCUCCCUCCUUCCUCCUCCCUCUGUGAUCCACCUUCCUUUUUACCCUGCCCUGCCACGGCUCUGCCCCUUACCUUCAUGGACGACUCAGAGGUGGAGUCGACCGCCAGCAUCUUGGCCUCUGUGAAGGAACAAGAGGCCCAGUUUGAGAAGCUGACCCGGGCGCUGGAGGAGGAACGGCGCCACGUCUCGGCGCAACUGGAACGCGUCCGGGUCUCACCACAGGAUGCCAACCCACUCAUGGCCAACGGCACCCUCACACGCCGGCAUCAGAACGGCCGGUUUGUGGGCGAUGCUGACCUUGAGAGACAGAAGUUUUCAGAUUUGAAACUCAACGGACCCCAGGAUCACAGUCAUCUUCUAUAUAGCACCAUCCCCAGGAUGCAAGAGCCAGGGCAGAUUGUGGAGACUUACACAGAGGAGGACCCUGAAGGAGCCAUGUCUGUUGUCUCUGUGGAGACCUCAGAUGAUGGGACCACUCGGCGCACAGAGACCACAGUCAAGAAAGUAGUGAAGACAGUGACAACACGGACGGUACAGCCAGUCCCUGUGGGACCAGACGGGCUGCCUGUGGAUGCCUCAUCAGUUUCGAACAACUAUAUCCAGACUUUGGGUCGUGACUUCCGCAAGAAUGGCAAUGGUGGACCUGGUCCUUAUGUGGGCCAAGCAGGCACUGCUACCCUUCCGAGGAACUUCCACUACCCUCCUGAUGGUUAUAGCCGCCACUAUGAAGAUGGCUAUCCAGGUGGCAGUGACAACUAUGGCAGUUUAUCCCGGGUGACUCGCAUUGAGGAACGAUAUAGGCCCAGCAUGGAAGGCUACAGGGCACCUAGUAGACAGGAUGUCUAUGGGCCACAGCCCCAGGUUCGGGUAGGGGGGAGCAGUGUGGAUCUGCACCGCUUUCACCCAGAGCCUUACGGGUUAGAAGAUGACCAGCGUAGUAUGGGCUAUGAUGACCUGGAUUACGGUAUGAUGUCUGAUUAUGGCACUGCCCGUCGAACUGGGACACCCUCUGACCCUCGCCGCCGCCUCAGGAGUUAUGAAGACAUGAUUGGCGAGGAGGUGCCAGCAGAUCAGUACUAUUGGGCUCCUUUGGCCCAGCAUGAGCGGGGAAGUUUAGCAAGCUUGGAUAGCCUUCGCAAGGGAGGCCCCCCACCUCCCAAUUGGAGACAGCCUGAGCUGCCAGAGGUUAUCGCCAUGCUGGGAUUCCGCUUGGAUGCUGUCAAGUCUAAUGCAGCUGCAUACUUGCAACACUUAUGCUACCGCAAUGACAAGGUGAAGACUGAUGUGCGGAAGCUCAAGGGCAUCCCAGUGCUGGUGGGAUUAUUAGACCACCCCAAAAAGGAAGUGCACCUUGGAGCAUGUGGAGCUCUCAAGAAUAUCUCUUUUGGACGUGACCAAGAUAAUAAGAUUGCCAUAAAAAAUUGUGAUGGUGUUCCUGCCCUUGUGCGAUUGCUCCGAAAGGCUCGUGAUAUGGAUCUUACUGAAGUCAUUACUGGAACCCUGUGGAAUCUCUCAUCCCAUGACUCAAUCAAAAUGGAGAUUGUGGACCAUGCACUGCACGCCUUGACAGAUGAAGUGAUCAUUCCUCAUUCUGGUUGGGAGAGGGAACCUAAUGAAGAUUGUAAGCCACGCCAUAUUGAGUGGGAGUCGGUGCUCACCAACACAGCUGGCUGCCUUAGGAAUGUAAGCUCAGAGAGAAGUGAAGCUCGUAGGAAGCUUCGGGAAUGUGAUGGCUUAGUUGAUGCCCUUAUUUUCAUCGUUCAGGCUGAGAUUGGGCAGAAGGAUUCAGAUAGCAAGCUUGUGGAAAACUGCGUGUGCCUCCUUCGGAACUUAUCCUAUCAAGUUCACCGGGAGAUCCCACAGGCAGAGCGUUAUCAAGAGGCACCUCCCAGUGUUGCCAACAAUACUGGGCCACAUGCUGCCAGUUGCUUUGGGGCCAAGAAGGGCAAAGAUGAAUGGUUCUCCAGAGGGAAAAAACCCACAGAGGAUCCAGUAAAUGAUACAGUGGACUUCCCUAAAAGAACAAGUCCUGCUCGAGGCUAUGAGCUCUUAUUUCAGCCAGAGGUGGUUCGGAUAUAUAUUUCACUCCUUAAGGAGAGUAAAACUCCUGCUAUCCUAGAAGCCUCUGCUGGAGCCAUCCAGAACUUGUGUGCUGGGCGCUGGACGUAUGGUCGAUACAUCCGCUCUGCUCUGCGUCAAGAGAAGGCUCUCUCUGCCAUAGCUGACCUCCUGACCAAUGAACAUGAGCGGGUGGUGAAAGCUGCAUCUGGAGCAUUAAGAAAUCUGGCUGUGGAUGCACGCAAUAAGGAGUUAAUCGGUAAACAUGCUAUUCCUAACUUGGUAAAAAAUCUGCCUGGAGGGCAACAGAGCUCCUCUUGGAAUUUUUCUGAGGACACUGUGGUCUCUCUUUUGAACACCAUCAAUGAAGUUAUUGCUGAGAACUUAGAGGCUGCCAAAAAGCUUCGAGAGACGCAGGGUAUUGAGAAGCUAGUGUUGAUCAACAAAUCAGGGAAUCGCUCAGAAAAAGAAGUUCGAGCAGCAGCACUUGUAUUACAGACAAUCUGGGGAUAUAAGGAACUGAGGAAGCCCCUGGAAAAAGAAGGAUGGAAGAAAUCAGACUUUCAGGUGAAUCUAAACAAUGCUUCUAGAAGCCAGAGUAGUCAUUCAUAUGAUGAUAGCACUCUCCCUCUCAUUGACCGGAACCAAAAAUCAGAUAAGAAACCUGAUCGGGAAGAAAUUCAAAUGAGCAAUAUGGGAUCAAACACAAAAUUACUAGAUAACAACUAUUCCACACUGAAUGAGAGAGGGGACCACAACAGAACACUGGAUCGAUCUGGGGAUCUGGGAGAUAUGGAGCCAUUGAAGGGAACACCCUUGAUGAUUUGAUGAAAGUCACCAAACCUCAAAUUGGGGAAGGCCAGUGAAUCUCAAGCAAGAUAAAAAAGCAACUCAUCUAGAGGCAUCAAGGUAAGAUGCAGAAAAGUUAGAGUUCAGGCAGCUGGAGAGAGUAAUACAGGCUAUCUGUAGAAAACAGCUGAGGUGGAUAACUUCAACAACAUUGUAAGUCAGAAAACACUGCAGUAGUGUCUCCAUUCAUGUUAAGAAAAAAAAAAUUAGCAAAACUGCCUAUUGCAGGGCUAUUAAAAACAUUUAAGACAAUCACUUUCCACUCACAAAAGAGGAGGAAGGAAAAUGAUCUCCAAUGGUGAAUGAGUGCAAGAAGGUACACUGAACAAAGAUAGGUAAAUAUUAGUAAAAGUAAGUCUUAACCUUAAAAACAUAAGGUUAUUGCUUGCAUAAAAGCAGUGUGUAAUUUGUUACAUAUUACUGGACAACAGUGAUGUGCAAGUUGAAAGGGUGAUGAGAACUCCCUUUUAGUUUCUUAUAUUCAGGAGGAAAGUAAAGAAACUGAUCAAGACUUUUUUUGGUAGUCCUAGGGAUUAAACCCACUGAUCAAGACUUUUGUGAAACUAAUGUACAUAUUAGUUAUAAUAACCACUAAAAAAACAGACAUAGAGCAUGUAACUUCUAAAGAAGUAGAGAGAGAAGAAGGCAUAGGGAAGGUAGGGAGAAUUGGAACUGGUGAUUUAUCCAGUAGAACAAGCUGAGCUCCCAGGGCUGUGGUCACAGGUGGUGGUGAAGUAUCUACUUCUGAAUCACUGUGCUGGGGUUAACUUGUAGCAAGUGAAGGAGAUGCAUCCAGAAAGGAACAGUGAAGAAAGAGCAAAAAUAGACAUAAGCAGGCCCAAGACAGUUUCCAUAAAGGAAAAGUUUAUAAUUUAAAUAAAAGUUUGUUGGCUGCUGUGUGAGUUGGUCAGCCUGGCUUAAAGACAGAAGAGCAGGACAGAAUACUUUUACACCUUGCUGACUCAUAAAUCACAAUCAUUGAGUGCAAAGUCUGAGUAACCUCCCUCAUUCUAAUAGGGCUUUAUCCAAAGUAGGGCUAGCCAAAGCUGGAGAUUGCCCUUUGAUGUGAUGGACCUAUGCCUUAUUUUAGAGACUGCUGGCUUUAGAAGGGGUCAGAGGUAUCAUUGGAUUGUUCAAGCUCAUCUCUGCAUCAUUAGUCAUUUCCUCUACUCCAAGAAGAGCUUUCUCAGGAACAUUAAUUGAAAUUUUGGAUUAUUGCUGGUACAUCACCAUGCAAUAUAUUUGCAAUAGAUAUUUCUCUAUGAUUCACUUAAAGCAUAUUUACAAUGCAAAGCAUAGAUUUUAUAUGUGAUCAAGAUAUGCUACCUAAUACCUUAUUCAAAAGCCUAAUGCUUUCAUUCUUUCUUUUCUCUUUAUUGGAGUUAGUGUGUCUGAAACCUAGGUCCAGAUAUUUUGAGAUGAUUCAGAAUGUUAAUGUAUAUAAAACUACUCAGUACUAAGCUCAGGGUAUGGAACCAGACUGGCUGAAUUCAAGUUCUUAUUCUGGUACUUAAAACUUUGGCAGGUUUCUUAAGCUUUUAGUGCUUCUUAUCAUGGGACUAAUUCCUACACAUUGUAAAGAUCAAAUGAGAUAAUUAAUGUAAUUGUACUUAAAAUAGUACCUGGCACAUACUAAGUAUAUUAUUUAUUAUUAUUGUAUUUAUCAGGUACUUUUCUCUUUUGUAUGUACAUAAUUUAUUUUGUCUAACUACUUCAGGGAUGAUUUCCGGGCUACCAAAAAUAACAAGCAACUAGUGUACAUGUCCAACCCCUGGAUUAGGGAAAGGAGCUUUAGUUAUUUGAUGGGUACUUUGACCUCUUUGGUCCAGGCCCUGUUCUAGAUGCUGACCUUUCAGAGUGAUCGUUGCAGAAAUUAAAGUUAAGGAAGGCCUUAGAGACUGCUAGUGGCACCCCAGGGUGGAAGCGUCUGUUAAGUCUGGUGAUCACAUAGGCUUUUCUGAACAGGAUGAGAAAAGACUUCCUCACAAGAUAACAAGGAUUUUCUGAAUGUCGGAAUUCUUUUUUUUUUUUUUUUUUGUGAAUGUCGGAAUUCUUGGGAGAUAAAAAACAUAAUCUUCAUGGCAAAGCCCAUGAGAGAGAAGAAAAGAUUUAGAGGAAUGAAAGAAGAAAUAUAUUUAUUUAUAUAUAUAUAAACAUUUGUUAAGUACCUAGUUAUAUGAUAGGCUCUAUACUAGUAAGCAAUGUUGUAGUGACCACAAAGCCUUAUUCUCAAGGAGCUUGUAGUAAAUUUCCCUGAGUGCAGAGGGUUUUUCUUUUUUUUUUUUUUUUUUGGUAUCAGGGAUUUAACCCAGGGGUGCUUUACCACUGAGACACAUCCCCAGCCCUUUUCAUUUUUUGUUUUUGAAGUAGGGUCUUGCUAAAAUGCUUAGGGCCUCACUAAGUUGCUAAGGCUGGCCCAGAACUUGCGAUUCUCUUGCUUCAGCCUCCCAAGUUGCUGGGAGGACAGGUUUGCACCACCUCGUCUGGCAAAACUGACACUUUUGGGGGCGUGUAUUGGAGAUCAAACCCAGGGUCUUGCUCCCAUGCUAGGUGAGCACUCUACCACUAAGCUACAUCCCCAGCCCCACUGAGGGCAGUAUUUUAAGCAAUGAAAUCACUAAAUCACUAACUAGAGAGUAGUAUGCAGGGCAAAAGAUUGAAUGACCAGUUAGAGGAAGCUGCAUGAUCUUAGAUGAGACAUAAUGGAGGUUUUGGCUAGACCAUAGUGUAGAGAAAAGAGUUCAUUAAUUUCAAAUUUAUGCAGCAAUAAUGUAGUAGCCAAUAUUUAAUGCUUACUGUUUGUAAGACAUUACUUUGCAUACUUUCAGUAUACUGACAUUUAAUCUUCACAUCAACUUGUAUGGAGGGGAAAUACAUGACAUAUAAUAGCAAAUAUUUUUUGGCUAAUCUUUGUGCUAAUGUCUUCAUGGGUAUGAUCCCUGCUUCAUUCUUGCACAAUUAUCAUUUUAUUCUCAUUUUACACAUGAAGAAAUGAAAUCUUAAAGAAGUUAAGUAACUUGCCUUAGGUUACACUCAGUGGCAAAGGUCAGACUUUGAACUGAUUUAAUUCUAAAUUCUUUGUUUUUAAAUUACUAAUAUAGAUGGUUUCAGAUGCUGAACAUAGGGUGAGGCAUUAUGGAGGAUUAAAGAUGAAACCUGGUGUCUGGCUGGUAUCUGCCACUGAUGAAACAAGUGGAAGGAGGGGUUAGGAUGAGUUACAAGUAAAGAGUUUGAGGUGAUAGAGGGACAUUGAAGUGGACAAAUGCAAAGAGCACUUACCUCUGUAGAGCUGAAGCACAGGAGAAGGCUGAAUUCUGGAUGUAGAUUUGGCACAGACUAUGCUUCAAACAAUGGGAGUAUUUGAGCUGCUGGGGCGCAUUAGUGUGAGAAGAGCAGAAAGUUUAGCUUUGAACCCUGGUGGUAUGUAAAUAUUAAAGAAGGGAAAGAUGAUCCUGAAAAACUAAGGAAUUGACUGGUUUAAAACAUUUCCUUCCUUCCUUCCUUCCUUCCUUCCUUCCUUCCUCCCUCCCUCCCUCCCUCCCUCCCUCCCUCUCUCUCUUUCUUUCCUUCCUUCCUUCCUUUUUCUUUCUUUUCUUUUUUUUUUCUUUAAAGGAAACUCUGUGGCUUUCCAGUGCAAAGAGAUGCACUAGCAGCAAAACAGUAUGGUUUGGUUUGAUAGGUUUCAUCUUUAGAUAUGUUCAUUUUUCUUGCAAUCUUGCUACAGUUUUUGGAUCUUGCUCUGUCCCCUGGAACCCUAGAGGGCAUGACUUAAAACUUUCAUUUAGUUCUCCUUUCCUUUGGUAUAAAACUAAGGUUCAGUCUUUCCCAAGGACCACUUCAUCAUUGGGCCAAAUGGACAAUAGCUCAUUUUCUUCCUACUAUUGGGCCUGUGCCUGACUGUCCUAUCUAAUCCUAUUCUAUUUCUCUCUUGCUUGUUCCUUGACCUUUGUAUGUCUUUUCUAAUUCUUCAACUAAGUCUCUAGUUGCUAUCACUCCAGACCUGUACUACCUAGCAGCCUAUCUAAAAUUAUGUCUCUGUUUAUGUUUUCCUGUUGAAUUUUGUCCAAGAGUGGUAAGCAUAGCCAGUAGGUUCACCCUGUGGCUGAUAGGAUGCCACUUAAUGUGAAGUCUAUCCUCCAUCUGUCCCUGCAGAACAGAUUCCUAGCACACUCAAGAUAAGCAUCCUGGAGGACUGGCAAGACUGGCCUGGGAACCCACAUCCCUUUUAAUCUUUCCUCUCCUGUUUUUUAUCCUUUUGCAUACCCUGAUUGCAACAGAACUAUUGCCACAUGAACCCAGACUUUCAGGGUUCAAAGGGAACAGUGCAGGUUGGAGGCUUGUCCUUACACCGUAGCUCUCCGCUGUAUUGCAAGUACAACAUCGAGCACAGAGAAUAGUAGGUUCGCAACACAGCAGUCAUGGUAGCCAACAUGAAUAGAAGAGAUGCCCUCUGAUGGCAGAGCUGGCCCCCAGCCAGGAGUCCACCUCCAGCAAGAGAGCAUGCACCUACAAUUUGUACCCCAACCCUAACCUACCUUGUACAUUUAUUAUUUUUUAAAUUUUUCGUUUAAAUGCUGGGGAUGUAGCUCAGUAAUAGAGUGAAUGCUUAGCAUGUGUGAGGCCCAGCACUUCCAAAACAAAGUUGAUUGCCACCACUGAAGCCAACACAAAAACCCAAACCUGACUUAAACAAAACAAAAAAAAAUUGGUUUAUUUUAUAAGAGCUUAUAUAACUUUUUUCCCCCCCUGUACAUCCAUAGUAGGCAAGUGCUGUACCACUGAGUCUGAUUUUGGUUUUUUUAAAUCCAGUCAUUUGAAGUCUACAACCUGCUUCUAGCUUGUUUUAGAGGGAAAUUCCUAGGAGGAAACCUGGCUCAAUUUGAUUCUCAUCAUGUCUUCUUUUUACUUUUGAGAAGCCAGGCCCCCAAAGCUCAUGCUGAACCUGAUUAAUGUCUGACUGUAGAUGCUUGGUAACUCAGAUCUGACCCCACCUUUGAACUCUAACUCAUUCUAGUAAUGGUACCUCAUUGCCAGUUGCUUUAUAAGGCACAUCCUUCAUAGUGUCACAUGAAAUUGGUGUUUUUUUGUUUUUUUUUUGACAAUACUGGGGAUUGAACCCAGGAAUGCAUACCAAUGAGCUAAAUCUCCAUCCCUUUUUAUUUUGAGAUAGGAUCUUGCUAAAUUGCUGAGGCUGGCCUCGACCUUUCAAUCUUCGUCCCUCAGGCUUCCAAGUCACUGGGAUUAAAGGUGUGUGUCCCAUGCCUUGCUGAAAUGACUUUUAAAUAAAAUCCUUACUCCUUUAGUUAUUUCAUUAUUAAACUACUUCAUACAGAUCCUAGAGCUUAGGGUGCUUCCUGCUUUUAAGUACCAAUUCCAGGGACAGAGGCUGUAAAUUAAUAAAUUAAUGAGUUAAGUAUUAUUAUAGUGAACAUUUUUCACAUUUAGAAGAGAGGUGAACUCUGCUGGAGAGAGGCAAGCUUCCUUGAGGUGAUAUUUGAUUAGUUUUAAAGGAUAAUCAGGAUUCUGCCCAUUCGAGAAUAUGCAAAACCAUUAAAGUCAAAUGGAAUAAUGUGCAAAAGAACAGAGGUAUGAAGAGAAUAUGUUUAGUAGGUAUCCAAAUAGACAAGGGAACCUUCUCUUUGUAGACACAUUUCAUCUAAUAAGUGAUUAAAAUAAAAUAUCACCAUUUUGCAGUCCUUAAUAAACAGGUCUUGGCAUCAAGUACCAAUAGCUACUAACAUGUGUCACAAGACACAACUUGUAAAGUAGGUAAAAGAAAAAAAAAUAGGACUGGGGGUGUGGCUCAGUGGUAGAGUGAGUGCCCCAAGUUCUAUCCCUAGAACCAUUAGAGAGAAAAGCCUCUAGAUUCAACUACUGUUUUAUAGGAAAAUCAAAGGAUAGGGAAAAUAUUGAACUACACCAAUGAAUGUCAUUAGCUAAAUGGUGUGGGGGCAUUGCAAAAUAAAUAACCAAGUCCCUUAAUAAAUUAAUUAUAAGAAAAAAAAUGGAGGGAGUCCUGUAGAUUAAAAGACAUUGAUCUCAAUGCAUGGGUUUUACUUGGAUCAUGAUAUAUAGAUGACAUUUUAUAAGAUAAUUGGAGACAAUUAAUCUUUAAAUCCCAGAUAUUUGAUGUUACAAAGGGAUGAUUCUUUUUUUUAGAUGUGAUGGUGAUAUUGUAGAUUAUAAUGACUUCUUGCAAAUUUGAGCAAUAUGCUGAAAUUUUAAUAGAUGAAAUGUCAUGAUGAGAAAAUUUGCUUCUAAGUAGUGUGGGAAAGAGUGGACAGGGACGUAAAUGAAACAUGGUUGGCUUUGAGUUGGUAAUUGAAGCUGGGUUAUGGGUAUAUGGAGGUUCAUUAUAGUGUUCUAUUUGAUUUUUAUGUAGAGUUGAGAAGCUCUGUAAUAAAAAGUGUUUUUUUUUAAUGGUAAAUUUGAGAACUAAUAGUUCCAUGUGGCUGAGGCACACGGGGACCUAGGGAGCAGCAGAAAGUAGGGUUGACAGGGGGCCAGUGGCAGCCUAGGUGAUGCUUGGGUUAUGAAGUUCUUUUACUGCCAUAGGAAGGCAAAUGGAUUUCUGACCACCUGAGACCCAGAAAUCUGUGGUGGGUCUUCUGGAUUAGCCACAAGGAUGGCAUGAGAGGAGCUCAACAGAGGGGACACUGGGUCACAUUUUUAACAAGAACAGGUUUGCUUCUAACUUUUAUAAAAUGUGACUUCUGGGUAAUAUUUCAUUUAAAAACAGGAUUCUGGAGAAAUUAAUUUUUUUUCUAUAGCCAUUGAGGGAACAGUUUAAAGGCAAUAGUUUGAGUUAUAGUGCAGAAGAUUUUAGAAUGGAAGUGCAGAACACAGGGAAAUCAACCAUGAGGCUAUUGCAAUACCUCAAAUGAAUGAGAAAUUUAAGGGGAAUUUAGCUAAUGGAGAUUUGGUCAGGGAGAUAGAUCUUUAGUGAUAAUUGUAGUAGUCAUUUCCCAGACCACAAUCCCUGAAAGGACAAUAAAGAGGGUAUGAUAAUAUGCUCACUUUUCAGUAAUAACAGAUGGAACCACUCUGAGCACAUACUGGGGUAUGGGCUGGAACAGAGCUCCCUCUUCUAUCCUGCUAUUGGCAGAGCACCACAACUCGCCAACCCCUUGCUGCAGUUGCAGUGUCAGGAGCAGAAUCUCCUUUCUAAUCUUUUGGGCACCAUGGGGUAGGGAAUAACACCAGUUGUCUGGCUCACAGUAACCACUUCUAUCAGUUGCUCCUGUUUCAAUUUUAGUAGCAUCCCAUCCACACACCACAUACCACACACCACACACAUGUAUUUAACAGUACUCUACCUUCUAACAGCAGCUUAAACUCCAGACUGUAAGACCCCCAGAGUUAACCAUUUUCCCUUUUCUCUACAACCUUGGAGUUUUCCAACUAGAAAAAUCCACUGACCUUCCUUCUAUUAAUUUCUCCCCGAGCUAAUAUCUGUCUGAUCCCUGUGCCUUUAAAGCACACGGACAUACACUAAUGCACAAAGUUGCCUCUAUCUAAUGAAAAUAAACUAUUAACGUUUCAGACUUACUGGUGAAAAUCUUCUAGGUGCAUCUUCAUGAGUCUCUACCCCACUGGCUUCCUCUCUGCUGGUUUUGUGUGUAGUUUUUACUUUUCCUUUUUCCCUUCCAACAUGAUGGCUUGAAUGAGGCCUCCUUAGUUCUGACCUUUUGCUUGUUAAUACAGUUCUUUUUUUUUAAUUUUUAUUUUUUAGUUGUUGAUGGACCUUUAUUUUUAUUUAUUUGUAUGUGGUGCUGAGAAUCGAACCCAGUGCCUCACACAUGCUAAGCAAGCGUUCUAUCACUAAGCAACAACCCCAGCCCGUUAAUACAGUUCUUAAGCCCUCUUGGAUUAUACAACUCCUUGAAAUCUAAUGAUAGAUAUGGACCUUCUCCAGAAAAAUUCCCACACACGGUGUUUUGCUUACAAUUUGAGCGAUUUUCAAGGCUGUGCCUUAUGCAUCAGAUGGACUUGGCUACGGAGGGUUCCUUGAUAAAAUUGCAGUAUUCUUGGUCCUACUCCAGACCUAUUAAAUCAGAAUUUCUGGUGUUAGAAUCAGCAGUUUAAAUAAUCUCCCUGGUAAUUCUCAAGUCCACUAAAAUUUGAGAGAUUCUACUCUGAAGACUUAGUUUGUCUUUAUGGUCUAUCUCAUCUUCCCAUCCAAGUUACUUAACUCUGGCAACAGGGGUUCAAAUUCUGGAAUCCAAGCCUCAUCCCAAGAGAACAAUUACUUUCCUCUAGGGCUAAAAAGUGAACCCCUUUCUUGGAGAUGCUCUAAAUAGGACAAUGGCUCUGAGUUUCUUUCAUUUCCAAGAGCAGUUCUGAAUUCGGGGAGCCGAAUCUCAUGUCCCAGAAAAACCACACUUCAUUCCUUCCUUCUAGCCAUUUUCAUCAGUUCUUUCUGUGCUCAUCUGCCUUCAUCCAUCCUGGAACCUCCCAAGCAAGAUGCUUUGUGCUUCUGUGUGUUUGUUUCAUCUUAGGUGUAUUAUUCUUGUGGGAUAGCCAGCAAUCUACAGCUAGAGAGUCUUGUAAGCAGAGUUAGAGGGAUGCAGUAAAAAGCUUUGCAGAGUUAAGCCUACAUCUAGCAAGUCCAGCUACUUCCUUGAGGUUCAAAACUGAUAAUAGCAGAGAUCAUAUGGCUAACUUCCUUUUGAGUCUUUUUACUGGCUAUGAAAUGUUUAACAAUGUAAUUGACAAUAAUUUAAAAAGUAUGAAAAGUUACUUUUUUAAAAGCACAGGAUAAAUAAAUUAUAAUCCUGGGUCCCACCAUACAGAGGCAACCAUUAAUAUUUUUACAUUCAUUCAUCUAGUUUUUUCCUAUGUUUUAAAUAAUAUAAUAGAGCUUAUAUUACAUAUAAAGCGCAGCUAUCUGCUUUUUGUGUCCUACAUUGUUUUAUAACAUUUCUAAACUGAUUCUUUAAAACCAUAUUUUUUUUCAUGGCUGCAUAAAUAUACCAUUAUUUAUUUAACCUUUGCUCAGUUGUUGGAUACUUAAAUGUUAUACCUAUGUAUAGUAUUACAAAUAUUCUGUAAUAAACAUAUUUGUGCCUAAA